AGCUGUGGAAGAGAGGAAUGAGUUGGAAGCUGCACCACUCACAAAAGGCUUGGAGCUUGUAUCUGAACCAGUGGUGCCGGCUUUAGAAGAAACAAAAGAGCUAUCAAAAGCACCAGUCAUGGAAAAAUUAGAGUCCACAUCUGAAGAGCCCGAACCGGCUGCGGAAGAGACGAAAGAGUUGGAUGCUGCACCACUCGCAAAAGGCUUGGUGUUCGUAUCUGAACCAGCGGUGUCGGUUCUAGACGAAACAAAAGAAAUACCAAAGAAACCACUUGAGGCAGCAUCACAGCCGUCAUCAGAAGCGCUGAUAUCGGUUGCCGAAGAAACAAACGCAAUAACAGAGGUACCCUCUCCAGGUGUACAAAAACAAUUAUCCAAUCUGCCAGGUCAGCAACUCUCAGAUGUACGCAGUUCAUCAGUGCCAAAACCACCAGCCUUAGCAGAAAUGAAAACGGAACGCUCCGGAAUAGCUGACCAAGAUCAAACACAUGGUUUGUCUGAAUAUAGGUUUAUUGAACACGGGAUAUCUGAAGAAGAACAAAAACAUGGCGCGGAAGUGCAAGCCGUCAAAAAAGGCAGUCCUGGUGUCCGAGAAAUAUUUUCGGCGGAAAUAAAACCUUCGUUUGAGCCAGUAGUGGUAAAAACUAAGCGCGAUCAAGAAUCUAUAUCAGUGACGCCAGCCGCAGAUGAAACACGAUUUAGGACAGACACGCCAAGACAACCAGUCGUUGAGCCAAAAGCAUCUGAAGAGGCAGCUACGACAGGGAAAGCUUAUGAGACUGGGGCACUCAUCGAACGACCACAGAAAAAAGUUGGCACACCAGAUACUGCCAUCCAGCAAGUUCCAUCAACAAAUAUAGUGGAACACAAACCAUGGUCUGAAGAAGUAGAAAUAUUAGAAGAGCCCAUGCCUACUAAAGCUGCCAUUGAGUCUACCGACAGUAAGCAAGACGCAAUGGAAAAGUACAUAGCAUACUCUUACACCGAUCCAGAAGAGCUACCGCGUCGUCCAAUGAAUCCAUUUUACGCCUACCUUGGCAGAUACCCUCCUCUAGACGCUGUCAGGAAAAAGCCUGACAGAGGCGGAGAGAAAACGCAAAAAUCCGAAGAGAUAGCAUGCGCUUUAGAAGCGAAUAAAGUGCAAAUUGAAGUUUCACCUUAUACGCCAGCAGUUCCAUUAUCAAAAGUAGAAAAAGUGCGAAUGUCGCCUUCAACAAAGGCAUUUCAAGAAAAUUCCACUACAAUGUCAUCGCCAAUUUCCAAACCGAGGCUUCAAACUAAGGUUUCAAAAGGUUUUGUAAUGCCUGGGCUACCCAUGAAACGCCCGGCGAGCGCAGAGCUACCGGAAGGAAAACAUGAAGGCCACUCUACCAUUCUUGAAGGAACAAAAGUUGAAAGUGAAGCGCCAUUAGAAGUGCCGCAACAACCAAGCCAUUACAAAAGAUAGAACAGAAGACUUCAACAGCAGCUUCAAUGGUAACAGGAGUUGUCCUAAAGAAAACUUUUGUAAUGCCACAACUGCCACAGGUAGCUUUUGAUAAACAAUGUAGUGGAAAGCCACCGAAAAGUGAAAGCGUUGUUGAUCAGGCUAUACC